AUGGUUUUUAGUUCGGCGUGUGCCCCAGAUGAUGCAACAAACAAUUUCGAUGCCAAGAAUUUGAUGGUAGAAGAAUCUCAGGGACUGAACAUCUCAAAUGGCUCUUUGGUGGACCAUCUCAUUAGUAAAGCUCAAACUAGAAGCAAUUAUCAGAUCAUCAAGAAAAGGUUUGGCAGAUUGGAGAAAGGAGUGGCUGAAAUAGCCACAGAGAAUGGCUGUUACCAUAAGUACUUUGUUUAUGGUUAUCUUUUCUCAAAGCUCACACAAGAUGCACUGUGCAUGGACAAAAACAACACGACUCCAGCAUUUGAAGGCUUUGGUGAGCUUGUUGAAGAAUCCACCACGGAGAAAGCUGCUAGCGCAGCACUUAGAGAGAUGAAUGGCAAGGCAAGUUUCAACAUGCUUUUCAUUUUUAUAAACUGA